CACCCCAAGCAGUAACGGAUAACUGAGUGGGAGAUAGGCUGACGAAAUACGCGUACUUUCUUCAGGUUCACAGCUAAUUCUGCAGGUGAAAUGGCAAGCCUGCAGAGUUUGAUUUGCUCUGUAUCCAAACAGUUGGUUGCUCCAAAUUGUGCUGUUACCAGCAAGCUGAAUGUGCCUCCUCCAUCAGUCAUCAACGCAAGCUGGAGUGAAGCAUCUUCAGAUGAAAAGAAUGUGACAAGAAGGAGAUUAGCUCUUCUUGGUGCUGGAGCACUAGCCACUGGUCUACUUAAGAGCAGCUCUGCAUAUGCUGAAGAGGUGCCAAAGAAUUACAAGUCUUAUGUGGAUGCAAAAGAUGGAUAUUCAUACCUCUAUCCAGCUGAUUGGAGGGAUUUCGACUUCUUGGGGCAUGAUUCAGCAUUCAAAGAUCGUAAUGUGGCGCUGCAGUGCGUGCGUGUGGGCUUCAUACCUACCAGGAAAACAGAUAUCCGUGACCUUGGUCCGAUGGAUGAGGCGAUAUUCAAUUUGGUGAACAACGUUUAUGCUGCCCCAAAUCAAAUACCAACUGUGUACGACAUGCAGGAGCGCACGGUGGAUGGCAGGAACUACUGGACAUUUGAGUACGAUCUUGAGGCCCCGGGCUACGGCGUGUCCGCAUUUGCGACGGUUGCCAUUGGAAACGGGCGAUACUACACGCUGAUCGUGACGGCGAACGAGCGGCGAUGGAGCAGGCUGAGGAACAGGCUCAAAGUCGUCGCCGACUCCUUCAAGCUCUCUGACCUGAGCGCCUGAGACGAUGGAGAGGUUGUCCAACCUGGAGAAAUGGCCGAUGGCUCUGGCAUCUUGCUUAGUACUUUCGUAUAGUAGCCAUGUAGAUAACAUUAUGUGCACAGUUUGCUUUGCUGGAACCAGCCCUCAGAUGGUGGUUGAAUAGCUGAUGACUUCCAAAACUAUGCUGGAUUUAUCAUUCAAGAAAAAGAAAAAACA